AUGUCAUCUACGACUCGUUCCAACAAGAGGCGCAAGACCGAAGAGCGACGUCCUCGUCUACGUUUACUUCCGCAAGUGGUAGAUGAACUUGCUGCAAACCACCCCGAUCAGACCUGGAUCUCUAUUCCCAAGACCAACGAUCCUACAUCCGGUUUCAACGACAUCACGUAUCAGCAGCUGAAGAACGCAGUAAACACUGCUACUACCUGGCUGAAAGGUUCUCUGCCAGCUGAUCCCGACAUCACCUUACCUUACCUGGGCCCUACCGAUACUCGAUACAUCAUUCUUACUGUUGCUGCUAUCAAGCUUGGCCAUAAUCUCUUCUUGAUCUCGCCACGAAACGAUGAUCAGACACAACUGCAGCUUCUAGAGGCCGCUGAUUGUAAACGCAUACUGUGUGCUUCGGCCGAUGCAGACUAUGCAGGUUCUCUGAUCUCUCAAAGUGACCUCGCGUUGCAGCCUCACUCUCUGCUUGUUGUGCCUGACGAAGCAAUACUGCUUCGUGCUCCACCCUCCGAAAUCUCUUACCGACACUCAUUCGAAGAUCUACGUCAUCAUACCGCUCUCACCAUACACACCUCAGGGAGCUCUGGACCUAUACCCAAAAUCGUCAGGCUGACUCACGGGUAUCUUGCUCAUGAAGACACCCUCGCUUACUUUCCACCACCCAUACCAUUGACAUACGCCUUGUUCCAAAAGGUGCGAUGCUUUCAUGGUGUCCCACUGUAUCAUGCAGGCGGUGUGCUGUUCGGUCUCCUCAAAGGUCUAUUUCAGCGGACAGUGUGGGUCCUGCCGCCUGCCGGAGCGCAGCUGACCCCUGAAUUGAUUGACGCUUGUCUACGACAUGGUCAGUGCGACGCGUUGCAAACAGUGCCUACACUGCUCGAAUCUAUGGUGGCGGAAUCUUGUUACCAUGAGACGUUAUCAGAUCUCAAAUGGCUGUGGUUCGGUGGCGGACCUCUCUCCGAGUCUGCUGGCGACAAGCUAUUGACUAUCAAUAUAAGUGCUGUGCAUGGUUUCGGGUCGACUGAGAUUGCCCUACUACCUUUGCUCUCAGUCAGUCCGGCUAGUUGGCAGUGUCAUCAUUUCCAUGAAAGCGCUGGAGUCAGAUUUGAGCCGGCGCAGGAGCCUGAUGGUUUACAUGAGCUUGUAAUCGUCAAAAGAUUGGCGGGAGAUUCUCCCUUUCAACCGUGUUUCGAGCUCACUACUGCCUCAGACUCGGUCCGUACUGGCGAUCUUUGGUCUCGCCAUCCUCAAGAUCCAGGACUGUAG